UCUCCCAGGCCAGGGGGGCCGCCUGCCGCCCUCCCGCCCGGCCGUCCUCGCUCCCCACGCCCGCCCUCGCUGCCCGGGGUGGCCGUCGAGGCCGGCGGGGCCGAAGCGGCCUCGUAGCUCGGGCUUUUGGGGCUCCCUCAGGACGGGCCCAACAUGGCGCCGCCCCUUCCCGUCAGGCCCCGGGGCCUCCCUCCCCUCACGCUGCUGCUCUACUGGCAUCGGCGCAGGCGCGCGGGGAGGCCCGGGCCGGCGCAGGCCCCGCGCCCCCUGCUGGCCGCCGCCCUGCCGCGCGCCCCCAGACGCCUUUGCGCGGCCGAGAUGGCGGCGGCCGCCGAGGCCGGGCCUGACAACGGUCCCGGGGACCGCCCCGACCCCCGGCCCGAAGCCGACCCCCGGCCCGGGGGCAAAGGGCAGGCCCAGGGCAAGAAGAAGCCCUGCCGGACCUGCGUCGACUUCAAGUCGUGGGUCAAGGAGCAGAAGAAAUCCAAGCCCUCCACCAGCCGGAAAGAUGAGGUGCCAGAGGAGCGGACCGACUGCCCCCUGGACCGAGAGGAGCUGGGCCGUAACAGCUGGUCAUUCUUGCACACGAUGGCGGCGUACUACCCGGACCAGCCCACCAACGCCCAGCAGCGGGACAUGGUGCAGUUUAUGAACUUGUUUUCCAAAUUCUUCCCUUGCGAGGAAUGCGCAGAGGAUAUAAGGAAAAGGAUAAAGCGGAGCCAGCCGGACACCCGCAGCCGCACUCACCUCUCCCAGUGGAUGUGCCGCCUCCACAACCAAGUGAACCGCAAGCUGGGCAAGCCCGAGUUCGACUGCUCGCUGGUGGACGAGCGCUGGCGCGACGGCUGGAAAGACGGCUCCUGCGACUAGCCCGGGCCAAGGACCGCUGGGGAUCGGGGGGGGUGGGCCGGGGCCGGGGUGGGGGGAGGGCGGCGCGCUCAUUAAAGCAAGGACCCGUGCCCGCGAAAGCCCGUGUCUCUGUCGGCUGCCCCGGGGGAGCCUGGCCACCUCGGAGCCGCAGGGCCUCUGCCCACCACCCCCGUGCCGCCUCGGCCCCCGCCCGUCCGUGCUUCCGGAGAGAAGGCCGGGACUUCUCUGGGCAUCCUGGGCGGUCCGGCGCGCUCCGGCCACCGGCCCGAUGGACUCCCCGCCCUUCUCCCCUGGGAGCACCCCCAGUCCACCCUGCCCCAGGGUCCCGUGGGGGGCUCGGCUCGGGCCCCUACCGCCUCCGCCGGGUCCGGGGGCAAAGGAGGGGGUCCCCAGAGCCCUCAUCUGCCUCCUUUCUCCCUCCUCCCCUCUGCUUACUCCCCCUCCACACCCCCCUCUGCACCUGAACCAGAGGCCACCUCGGGGAGGAGGAGCCAGGGCAGGCCUCCACGCCCCCAAACGCACCCUUCUACCUCCCGGCCCGCUGCCAGCCGUUCACCAUCUUAGAAACCCAGGACGGGCACCCGUCCCAUCGGGGAGAAACCCAAGAACCACGCGCAGACUCUUCUCACGUGCCAUAUAUUCCAGGCUUCCAGGAGAGAGGAUGGGCGCACGGAGGGACCGAUGGAGGGACGGAUCGAUGGAUUGGGGGCCGGGGGGGAUGUUUGUGACCGGUCCAUUUUAUAUUUCACCCCUCUUGAGAUUUACCAGCGGUCGCUAACAAAUUGGGAAGACGGGGAGCACGUGGGUCGCCCCACGGCGGAGGCUCUACUUUCUCUGGAGCCCGCGGGGUUGGUUCGAUAGAUCGGUCUCUCGCAGGUCACCCACUCGUAUGUGUCAAUUUUAGGUGCGGAGCAAAAAUAAAAUCAGAAACGGUUGUGGAAAUCA